AUGACACUGAAGGAAAAAGAUUUCACAGUGAACCAAAUGGGAAGAGUGACCAUAAUCCCUGAAAAAUCCGACGACCUAUGGAUCCUCUACAACAUCAUCAACCCCGGCGAUUACGUCACGGCCGAUACCUCCCGGAAGGUCCACCACCAACUCAACGACGGCAAGAACACCACCGCCUCACGUGUCAGGCUCUCCGUCCACCUCAAGGUCACCUGCCGCGACUUCGACAAGGACUCUUCCACCCUUCGCAUCCAAGGCCGCAACCUCGAGCCCAACGGUUACGUCGCCGUCGGAUCCUUCCACACCCUCACGUUGGAGUGCAACAAAUCCUUCGAGCUCCACAAGAAGGUCUGGAAGCACGACGUCGUCGAGGCUCUCCAGGAACGAGAGAACCACGAAGUUUGUCCCGACGCGGAAUUCGCAGUAACUCUCUUUCAACAAGACCAUGCUGAGAUUUAUCUGAUUGGAAAAGGCGUAACUGCCAUGGUUUCCAAGGUUGAAACCUCUUCUUCGAAUACUGGAGGAAGAAAGUAUUCAUCUUCAUCUCCUUCUUCAAACACUAAGAACGUGUUCUUCCGUGAGGUUUUCGCGGCGUUCAUAAAGCACGUGGAUCUGAACAAGGUUAAGAACACUAUAAUCGCAAGCGAGGAUUCGAAAAAGGACGAGUUUCGAAGGUUUAUGAUAUCGGAGGCAAAGAGGAUGAAGAUGAGAAGCGUAGAAGAGAACAUAGGAAGGAUCGUGGUGACUGCUGGUGGUGGUUGCAACGGCGAUUUGAAGGAUCUUUUGGGAGAAAGCACGGUGAUGAACCUUAUGAAGGACAGCAAGGUGGGGUUGCAGAUUAGGGCACUGAGGAAGGUUUGGGACAUGGUUUCGAGUGACUCGGAUCGCGCUUGCUACGGACUGAAGAUCGUGGAGAGUGCUCAGGAGAUGGGAGCCAUUGAAACGCUUCUAAUCAGUGAUGAGCUGUAUCGGAGCGAUGAGGUUGCCACAAGGAAGAGGUACGGUUGUUUGGUGAAGGCGGUUAAGGAUAGUGGUGGGGACGCUUUAGUGUACUCUUCCAUGCAUGUUCUGGCAGAGCAGUUGUAG